GCAGUUCCAGCGUCAUCAUAACUCGUCCGUCCACGAACAACACUCAAAAUGGCACCCAGAAAUACAGCAUUCGACUUGCAGACAUGCGCACGACCAAAUAUCCUCGCAUUGGAGCCGUACCGCUGCGCGCGCGACGACUACAAGGAUGACGGCACCAAUAUCCUGCUCGACGCGAACGAGAACGCAUAUGGUCCAGGUCUGGCGCUGGACGGAAAAGGAAAGCUAUCAGGCGCGAACGUCAAUGGCACAUCGAACUCAAUCGACAUAGACCUGCUCGGACUCAACCGCUAUCCAGACCCUCACCAAGGAGAUCUUAAGCAGCUUCUCUGCAACCUUCGUAACACCCACACUCACACAUCAAAGAAGAUCGGCCCCGAGCACCUCUUCGUAGGCGUUGGGUCAGACGAGGCAAUCGAUGCCCUGAUCCGCGCUUUCUGUGUUCCGGGCCAGGAGAAGAUUCUGACAUGCCCACCUACAUACGGCAUGUACAGCGUGUCGGCGCAAGUCAACGAUGUCUCGCUCGUCAAGGUCCCGCUGCAGCUACCCACCUUCGACCUCGAUGUCCCCUCUAUCCAGAAAGCGCUCGCCUCCGACCCUAGCAUAAAGCUCGCGUACUUGUGCUCGCCCGGCAACCCUACAGGGAAACUGCUGAACAAGGAAGAUGUACAAGCUAUAUUGGAGACGAACUGGAACGGUGUGGUGGUAUUAGAUGAAGCAUACAUUGACUUCGCACCCGAAGGCGCAUCGAUGGCAGAAUGGGUCGCCGAGUGGCCAAAUCUCGUCGUCAUGCAGACAAUGUCGAAGGCAUUUGGUCUUGCCGGCAUCAGACUUGGCGCUGCUUUCGCAGAUCCUGCGGUCGCACAGAUCCUCAACAACAUGAAGGCACCAUACAAUCUCCCAAACCCGACUUCCCAGCUCGGACAAGCUGCAUUGAGCCCACAGCACCUCGGUGUUAUGAACAAGAAUAAGAACUUGAUUGUCGAGCAGAGGGAAAGGUUGAUAAAGGAAUUACCCAAGGUACCGGGUGUGGGACAGUUGCACGGCGGAACAGAGAGCAACUUCCUGCUUUAUCAAAUGCUAGAUAAGCCAAAUGGAAAGCCUAGUAACGAGGUUGCAUUGGCGGUGUACGAGAAGCUAGCAGAGGACAGGGGUGUUGUGGUCAGAUUCAGAGGAAAAGAACAUGGUUGUGAGGGCUGUCUCAGAAUCACCGUCGGGACAGAAGAAGAGUGCACAAGAUUUUUGCAGGAGAUUAAGAGUGUGUUGCAGAGCACCUAUGAGACAAAGGGAAGUCUGGGAGGGGAGGGCGAAGAGCAGAAGGAAACUAAGGCCAGUGCCGUUGUUGCAUAGAGUUGGAUGGGGAUUGCCCGAGGCAAGAGAUAGAUGUACAUAAUUCCAUACGCUUGAAACAAUGCUCCUGUGCGAGCCAAUACGCUACUAUUACGCCAACCGAGUCUCUUUGGGUGGACUCGUAUGGGUUUGCGAACAAACUUCGAAGACACGACUCACCAUAG